GGCGUGGGCGUGGCCGUGGGUGUGGCCUCCCGGGGGCGGGCCCUCUCAGGCCCGCGCCCGGCUGUCCCGGAGCAAGCCAGCAACAAGCUGCGGCCGAGCGCCCCAUCCCACCGCGCGCGAUGCUCCCCUGGACGGCGCUCAGCCUGGCCCUGAGCCUGCGGCUGGCGCUGGCGCGGAGCGGCGCGGAGCGCGGUCCCUUGGCAUCGGCCCCCCAGGGGGACCUGUUGCUCCUGUUGGACAGCUCCGCCAGCGUAUCACACUACGAGUUCUCCCGGGUACGGGAGUUUGUGGGGCAGCUGGUGGCACUGCUGCCCCUGGGCCCUGGGGCCCUGCGUGCCAGCCUGGUGCAUGUGGGUAGCAGGCCACACACCGAGUUCCCCUUCAACCAACACAACUCAAGCCAGGCUGUCCAGGACGCCAUCCGUGCUGCAGCCCAGCGAAUGGGUGACACCAACACUGGCCUGGCACUGGCCUAUGCCCGGGAGCAGCUGUUUGCUGAGGCAAUGGGUGCCCGGCCAGGGGUGCCCAAGGUACUGGUGUGGGUGACAGAUGGUGCCUCCAGCGACCCUGUGGGCCCCCCAAUGCAGGAGCUCAAGGACCAGGGCGUCACAGUCUUCAUUGUCAGCACGGGCCGUGGCAACCUGCUAGAGCUGUCUGCAGCUGCCUCAGCCCCUGCUCAGAAGCAUCUGCACUUCGUUGAUGUGGAUGAUCUGCACAUCAUUGCCCGAGAGCUGCGGGGCUCCAUUCUUGAUGCAAUGCAGCCACAGCAGCUCUACGCCUCCGACGUGACGUCCAACAGCUUCCGCCUGGCCUGGCCGCCCCUACUGACCUCCGACUCCGGCUACUACGUGCUGGAACUGGUGCCCAGUGCCGGCCCGGGGGCCACAAGACGCCAGCAGCUGCCUGGGAACGCCACCAACUGGACCUGGGCCGGCCUCGACCCUGACUCAGAAUAUGAUGUGGUGUUGCUGCCCGAGUCCAACGUGCACCUCCUGAAGCCUCAGCACUUGCGAGUGCGCACGCUGCCAGACGAGGCSGGUCCAGAGCGCAUCGUCAUCUCGCAUGCCAGGCCGCACAGCCUCCGCGUGAGCUGGGCCCCAGCACUGGGCCCAGUUGCCGCGCUCGGCUACCAGGUGCAGAUCGGGCCACUGAGUGGCAGCGCUGCACAACGCGUGGACGUACCCGCUGGCCGAAACAGCACCACGCUGCAGGGCCUGGCGCCCGGCACCGCCUACCUGGUGACGGUGACAGCUGCCUUUCGCUCGGGCCACGAGAGGGCGCUGUCCGCCAAGGCCUGCACGCCGGUGGGUGAGCGCAGCCGAGCCCCGCGCCCAGCACCCCAGGUCGCAGUGGGCCGUGGCGGGUGAGCCGCCCGCCAGGAGGGGUUCGGAGAAGUCGACCGAUAGCCCCUCGCACGGAGCCGGAGCCGGUGGGAGGAAGUGCCAGCCUUGCCUUUUACCCCCUAGUUCUCUCCUCGCAGCCUCCUCUGACUCUCGGCCAGAACCCCCUUUGUGUUGUCCUUUGCCAACAUUUGGUAAAGAGGUGGGGAGGGCGUCUGAGGGCAAGUUGAGAACAUCAGACCCAGGGGAGGCAGGGGCCUGGGCUCCAGCUGGUGUGAAAGGCCAAGCAUGCACAGUUGGAGGAAGUGCCCCAGGCCACUGAGGUCUUGCCUUUGGAUAGAAAAUGGGUGGGGCAAGGGGAGGAGCAGCUGGCAUAGGCCUGUCUCCAAAGGCCUCUUGAAGAAGGAAAGGACUGGAGGGCACUGGGGAGGCUGAUGGUGUGGCCCAGUGGUCUUUGCCAGGACCCUUGAGCUUGGAAGGCAGUGCCUACUGGGCACACUGGCCCUGCCUCCCUGCCCAGGACCCCAGGCGGGCCCAGCUAGCAGCCCCUGGGAUGAAGAAAGCACUUUUCUGGAGGCAUAGACCCAGAACCUGGUGCUCAGGAUGGUGGGGACCAGGGCUAUCCACUCUGGCCUGGGCCAGGCUCCAAGGCCAGCACUGACAGGGGGCCUCCCCCGUAUGGGGCCCUGGAGCUCCUUGAGGAGGAACAGUGUUGCUCUGGGUGAGUUCACCUCAGAUACUUUGUGACACUGUCUGCCCCCAGAGGGUCAUGGGCUACCUCCUGUCACCUUCUACUAUCCUGGAGCUCUGGAGAAUUCACCAAGGAUAGGGAGGACCUGGCUGCUUCUGUAGCCCCCACUGGUCAGGGCCUCUUCUCAGAAUCACCUGCCCAGGCUCACCUUGCUUCUCUUCCCCACUAAUGACCCAGAUUCCAAAAUACAGUAAACCAUUUGUAUGCUGAGCCUGCUGUCUCCGUAGAAUGCUUUGUUCCUGCCACAACACUCCAGCCAGGGUCAGGGCAGUGUGAGAGGUCCAGUGUGCAGGAUCAUGGUGCAUCUGAGAGGAGCUGGGGCCAGACUCCAGUGCUUGGAUACAGAUCACCUGGACUU